AUGGAUAAGGACAUCACGGAGUGGGUGGCCACUUGCAGUCAUUGUCAGGAGACGCCACCAGCCCCACCCUGGGCACCCGUGCGGGAGUGGAAAGCAGCCAAAAGACUGUGGUUGCACAUCCAUAUCGACUUCUUGGGACCAGUGGAAGGGCAGAUGUUCCAGAUCAUUGUGGAUGCUUAUUCCAAAUGGCUGGAGGUCCUGAUCAUGCAAUCAACAAUGGCAGAAGCCACCGGGGGGGGGAACCAUCAUGGACCCAAGGGAAAUAAGCAAUGGAAAUGUGAGACAAAGACGUUCCAGGAGCAGACCAGGGGAGAAGAGGAGACACAAUUACUCAAUGCAGAAGCUGAACACUGGGAGAAAAUUACUGCCCACAUCCAAUGGAAGAGACACCUGGAGGUAAUGAAGGCGAAGGUACUAGAACAGGUACACAGUCAGCUGAGUGAUCUCUUAGAUAAGGCCUUGGAAGAAGAAGCUCACCAGACCCAGCAAUUGAGCGUCAUCCCAGCAAAGAAGCAAAGCAGAGAGAAGGGUCAGCUACUGAAGAAGAAAGUCUUUGUCCCUCAACGGUCCUUGUUUGACACGUUGCUGGAGGUGGAAUAUUUCCGCACAAUCCAUCACAUAUUUGUGGCCGUGCUCUGUAUCUUUGUCCUCAAACAAAUCACUGUGGAUUCCAUCGAUGAAGGACGUCUUGUUUUGGAUUUCGAGCUCUUUAUCAUUGGCUUUCGACAGCUGCCCACAGCACUCUUGGCCUGGCUCUGCAUGUUCCUCUACACCUUAUUUGUGCCCUAUCAGGCCCUGCAAAUAUGGUCAGGCUGCUUGAAGAUGACCAGGUUCCCCAACCUCUUGACGGCCACCUUGGUGUUCCUGGUGCUGCUCUGCCAUGCUGCAGUGCUGGGAUUCUUCCCCGUCUAUAUUGCUGUCUACUGUAAUUUGGGAAUUGCCGCCCGUAAAAUUGUCCUCUUUGAGCAGAUCCGGUUCCUGAUGAAAAGCUACUCAUUUCUGCGAGAAUCGAUGCCUCCUCUUCUCCACGCUAGGAACCAAGUUGGUAAGAUAAGCUGUCCUGAAUUCUCAACCUACUUAUAUUUUCUCUUCUGCCCAACUUUGAUCUACAGAAUGAGCUAUCCAAGAGAUCCAUACAUCCGCUGGAGUUAUGUCAUCCGAAAACUGGUCGAGCCCUUCACCAUCAAAACCCUGCUGCUCUCCAUCUUUGAUUCAGUUAUACCCGGGAUAUCAUUUCUAUUCGUGGUCUUCUAUUUCUUCCAGGACUGCUGGCAAAACAUAUUUGCUGAGAUCCUGCGCUUUGCGGACCGUUCUUUCUAUAAGGACUGGUGGAAUUCCACAUCAUUCUCGGCAUAUUUUCGGUCAUGGAAUGGGAUUGUACAUGAUUGGCUGUACUGCUAUUUAUCAAGAUUUUCUCUGAUAGGAGGGAGAGCCCGAACUGGAGCUAUGUUCAUGGUCUUCCUUUUGUCAGCGGUUAUCCAUGAAUACCUCUUCACCUUGGCUUUUGGCUUCUUCUUUCCUGUCAUGUUUGUGCUUUUUGCCAUGACUGGAGUGUUCUUUAAUUUUGUUCUCAAUGAUAAGAGAAAAGGCCCUUUCUGGAACAUCAUCAUAUGGAUAUGCCUCUGUUUGGGCCUAGCGAUCAUUUUAUCCUCAUACUGCCAAGAGUGGUUUGCACAGGCCCACUGUCCACUCAAGGAGAAGACCUUCUGGGGGCAAGUGACUCCACGUUCCUGGUCUUGCCAUGCAUAAGCAACUAUUUCCAGCCUACUCUAACCUUCUACUUUGCUUCAAAAAUGAUGUCUCACAAGGGUAGCACAUUAUCCUGCUGCUGCAGCAACGACUCCCAGCACAUCAUGCAUCUCCUCCACUCCCUCCAUGGAAAACUGCAUUUGGAAAUUCCUUACCUGAAGUGCUAAAAUUUGGUUUGUAGGUUUAAAGGCUCUCAUUUAGUGGAGACAGAACAUUUAUAAAGAUCCCUGCUAUGUCAAGUUCAUGUCUCUUCUUGGUGCUCAAAAUCCAGGCAAAGUGGGGCAAAGAAAAUUUGUAAAUGACAAUCUUUGGUUGCCCUAACUUACAAAACUAACUUCAUUUCUUAACCUACUUAAAAGAAAACAUGAGAGCUUUGUCCUAAAAUGUAGGUUAUCCAACAUCCCUGCUUUAAUCCAAACUCUGUUGUUUUUAUAUCAGCAGUCAGCUUUCCAGUACAGGUGAAAUCCAGCUUCCAGCAUGUCCAUUGAUGAGGAAUAAUGGAAGAGAAUUCAAAAGUAUCAGAAGUACUGCUAAUAUUUUCUACCUUUAGACUUUCAUUCAACAUUUUAUCUCCAGAAGUAAAGGAAGGGAAUCUGAAUUACCACCAGCAGUAUCCAUUCUAUGCCUACUGUAUUUGUGAAUGAUUUUUGAAACUAUAUUUGGAAAUAAAAUCAGACGCCAAACCAA